UAACACAUGGAGAUCAUAGUGUAAAACUGUGUAUUAUCUUCAAUAUAUUAUAUUUGAACUCUAAAGAAAAUAUCAAAAUGUUCCGAGUGUGUGUUAUCGCUAUGAUUAUCUGCAGCGCCAAAGCCGGCGUUAUCGGUCUAGGAUCUUACGAUGGUCACGGUUAUCUAGCUGCCGCUCCAGUAGCCGUAGCUCCGCCUAUAGCCGUUGCUCAUGCCCCUGCAGUAGCUGUAGCACACGCUCCAGCUGUAGCCGUUGCUCACGGAGCGACAUCCUGGCAAAACAAUAACUUGCUAGCUCUUAAUCCAACUGCUGUUGUUACUAAAGUAGCUGCUCCCGUUGCCAUUGCCGCUCCUGUCGUCGCCAAAGUAGCUGCCCCUGUAGCUUAUGCCCCUGCUCCAUGGGCACUUGGUUUGGGAAAAGGUGUAGGUUUUGGAUAUCAUUAAACUGGAUUUCAAAAAAUUACUUCAUUUUCAGCAAUUGAAACUUGAAUAUCUGAG